AUGUUCAAAUCCUCAGACCCCCAAAACUUCUUUGAGACAGAUGCGGACCAGGCGAAGAGGGAAAGACGAGCAGCCAAGGCUGACAAUAAGUAUGGCAACCCAAUCAUACUGAAGUCGAAGAUCCUAGCGGUGACGCCUGAUCCUCGCUCCCCCUCGUCAACCAUAUAUGUCGCUGAAUCAGCGGGCUCCAUCCGCAAAGUCAACCUCGAUGAUAACGACACCAAGGCAGUGUACCGUGGCCCAACGGCUCCCCUGACUUGUGUUGCUAUAGGUGGGCAGGACAGCAAGACGGUCUUUGCCGGCUCAUGGGACAAGGCCGUGUGGUCCUGGGACUCGGAGACGAGGGCUCCGGGCCGCAAGUUCAUCGGCCAUUCGGACUUUGUUAAGGCUGUUACCUGCACGAGGAUCGGGGGCAAAGACAUCCUCAUCAGUGGUGGGGCAGACAAGAAGAUUAUCGUGUGGGACAUAGGCACUGGAGCCCGCCUGCACACUCUUCAGGACAGCGCAGUCAACAUGCUUGCCAUGCAAGACCUCGCCGUCGACCCGGUUCAGUCGGAUACGAACGAGAUCUUCCUCGUCAGUGCCAGCAGUGACCCCCACAUCCGGCGCUGGAGGAUAAGUCUGGAGUCGUGGGAGCAGUUGGAGGAAGUCAAUCCUGAUACCCCUGACGCGGAUCGGCGGACGAUACUGGAACAUGAGACGAGCGUCUACAAGCUGGUCUUCGAUCAUGACGGCGAGGAAGUCGAUCUUUGGACAUCAAGUGGAGACGGCACAGCCAAGUGCCUCUCUCGUAUUAAAGGAUUUACGGCCGAGGAGAGUUUUAAUCACGGAGACCAUGUGCGAGCUGUUGCCGUAACAGAAAGGUGGGUUAUCACGGCUGGGAGGGACGAAGACCUGAAGUUUUGGGACCGGUCGUCGGGGAAGCUACAUUGCUCACUCGAAGGCCACUAUGACGAAAUUACCGACAUUGCGAUCGUAAAGGGCUCGCCCGAGCGACUCGUCAGUGUGAGCAUUGACGGCACCAUAAGAACUUGGCCCCUGGCAGCGGCUUCUCUAGACGCUCUUGUUCAGGAACAGAAGGAUGCAGCCAUAAUAGGUGUGGGGAUCGAGCAGGACGGGAAGGCGGAUGACCUGCUGACUGCAGAUGAAGAAGCAGAGCUUGCGGCAUUGAUGGACGAUGAUGAUUAG